CUCGGGGCAGAGCCCAGCGGCAGGCGGGGAGCCGCGGGGGGCCCUGAGGUGGCUGGGGGCCAUGGCUGGGGUUGCGUGCUUGGGAAAAGGUGCGGACGCGGAUGAAUGGUGCGACAGCGGCCUGGGCUCUCUGGGGCCGGACGCGGCAGCCCCAGGAGGCCCGGGGCUGGGCGCAGAGCUGGGCCCAGGGCUGUCGUGGGCUCCGCUCGUCUUCGGCUACGUCACUGAGGAUGGCGACACGGCGCUGCACUUGGCCGUGAUUCAUCAGCACGAGCCCUUCUUGGAUUUCCUCCUGGGCUUUUCAGCGGGCACUGAGUACCUAGAUCUGCAGAAUGACCUCGGCCAGACGGCCUUGCACCUGGCAGCCAUCCUGGGGGAGGCGUCCGCGGUGGAGAAGCUGUAUGCGGCGGGCGCCGGGGUGUGCGUGGCGGAGCGCGGGGGCCACACGGCGCUGCACCUGGCCUGCCGCGUGGGGGCGCACGCCUGCGCGUGUGCGCUGCUCCAGCCUCGCCCCCAGCGCCCCGGGGACGCCGCCAGCCUCUACCUCGCCCGGAGCCCAGAGCCUACAUCCCCCGUCAACCACACCUCCGUUGCCUCGACCCCUGAACCCGACUUGGAGAAGGAAGAGGAGGGGCGCGAGGAGGACUGGAAGCUGCAGCUGGAAGCCGAAAACUACGACGGCCACACCCCACUCCACGUGGCCGUCAUCCACAGAGACGCAGAGAUGGUGCGGCUGCUCCGUGACGCUGGGGCCGACCUCAACAAACCGGAGCCCACGUGUGGCCGGAGCCCCCUGCACUUGGCCGUGGAGGCCCAGGCAGCCGACGUGCUGGAGCUUCUACUAAGGGCAGGCGCCGACCCCGCCGCUCGCAUGUACGGUGGCCGUACCCCGCUGGGCAGCGCCCUGCUCCGGCCCAACCCCGUCCUGGCCCACCUCCUCCGCGCACAUGGAGCCCCCGAGCCUGAGACGGAGGACGACAAGCCUGGUCCCUGCAGCAGCAGCAGCAGUGACAGCGACAGCGCGGACGAGGGCACGGAAUACGACGACAUUGUGGUCCAUAGCGGCCGAAGCCAGACCCGGCCUCCUCCCACCGCAGCCUCCAAGCCCCCUCCCGACGACCCCGACUCCACCUAAUUUUUAAACUAUUAAUAUAUUUUCCAAUUUAAUAAACCUUUAGUUCUGACACCCAGA